AUGUCUCCCAUCCAUCAAGAGCCAAAUUCUUCUCAGCCAUUAUUCUUCACAGAACUUGAUGCAACAAACGUCACUGUUACUGAUCACUCCACCACCACCAUCACCUUCACUACCUCACCCAGCACUAACACCACUGUCAACCCAGCUGCUAACUUCUUCAACGACUUGCUUAACAAGAUCCCCUUGCCUCGAUGGGCGCUCUACACCAUCUUUGUGGCCGGUGGGCUGCUGAUUCUGCUCUUCUGUCUGUGUAUCUGCAUAAAGUGCUGCUGCAAAGGCAAGAAGAAGAAGCAGCAGAAGAAAAAGAAUGAGCAGAUCAAUCUGAAGGGGAUGGAUGGAAAAACAACCACAGCGCUAGUUCAACCAGAUGUGGGUGAUGUUGACUACGGCUCGACCAAAAAGCAGAGAGGAAAGCUGCUCUACUCACUAGAUUACAAUGCAGCUCUUUCUGAGCUCACAGUGGGAAUCAAACAAGCCAACAGCCUGAAGGCCAUGGACAUAGGAGGAAGCUCAGACCCAUACGUCAAAGUGUACAUCUGCCCUGACAAGUCCAAAACCUGUGAGACCAAGGUGUUCAGAAACACACUGAACCCUGUCUACAAUGAGCAAUUCACCUUCCAGCUGUCCAAAUCGACCCUCCUGAAGUCGGUAGUGGUGAUGAAGGUGUUUGAUUUCAACCGAUUCUCCAAACAUGAAAUCAUCGGUGAGCUCAGGGUGCAGCUCUGCAAUGUCGAUUGGAACCACGUCAUUGAAGAGUGGCAGGACCUGGCUGAGCCCGCCAAGUUUGAGGAAGAAAACCUGGGGGAGAUCUGCUUCUCUCUGCGCUAUGUUCCUACUGCCAGCAAACUGACUGUGGUGAUCUUGGAAGCCAAAAACUUGAAGGGCAUGGAUGCUGGAGGAAGUUCAGAUCCAUAUGUCAAGGUGCAGCUGGCUCUAGACAAGAGAAAGUGGAAGAAAAGGAAGACGUCCAUAAAAAGGAAGACGCUGAACCCUUAUUAUAAUGAAUCCUUCACUUUUGAUGUGACAUUUGAACAAAUCCAGAGGAUCAACCUUGUCAUCUCUGUGUGGGACCAUGACGACAUAAGCAGGAACGACGCUUUAGGAAAGAUUUUUCUGGGUUGUGACGCUACAGGGAACCAACUGAGGCACUGGGCUGACAUGUUGUCCAACCCACGGCGGCCAGUUGCUCAGUGGCACAGCCUGCUGUCGGCUGAGCAGGUCAACUCUACCUUGACUCUGAAAAAGAAGAUCCCAAUCCCCAGCAAACUGGUUGAAAACACAAGGUGGAGUUCAAAAUGAAACAUUUCCGAUACACAAAACCAGUAAUGGGAAAUUUAAAUAUCAUUUAAAGAUCACUUCUGAGUUGUUGUUUUUUUUAACUAUCUGAUUAUAUUGUGUUACAUAUUAAGAUUUACAAUUGUAUUUUCAUCCAUCCAUCCAUUCUCUAUACACCGCAUUAUCCUCACUAGGGUCGCGGGGGGGGGGGGGCUGGAGCCUAUUUUAGCUGACUCGGGCGAAGGCAGGGGACACCCUGGACAGAUCGCCAGUCUGUCGCAGGGCUACAUAUAGAGACAAACAAUCACACUCACAUUCAUACCUACGGGAAAUUUAGAGUAAUCAAUUAACCUCAGCAUAUUUUUGACUGUGGGAGGAAGCCGGAGUGCCCAGAGAAAACCCACGCAUGCACAGGGAGAACAUGCAAACUCCAUGCAGAAAGAGCCCAGGCCCAGGCCGGUGUCAGAUAGAAAAUUGACCCCCAUGGAAAAGUGACCCGUGGAUGAAACCUCUAAGAUUUGGCCUAUGAAAUCAACAUCUUUUCUGCUUUAAAAUGGGAAGUGACUCAGCUGAUAUUCAGAAAAAGUGUAAGAUUAAGUAGAGUGUCCUCAAAAAUUGGCUUGUUAUUUGCUACAGAACUGAAAUUCUUUGGUCACGAAAGCUGGAAACACAAAUAUUCCUGGACAACAACCUUUGGAGAGGAAGCACCCUUCCUAAUCACGUUCUGAUGAGGUUCCUUUAAGCACCAGCAGCAGACUGAAGUUGUGAUAGCAGCACUAAGACAAAGAGCUUAGUUCUUCCCCUGACAGAUGAAAGAAGAAGGGAGUGCAAUUAAGCUGAGUUCAGCAGAUGGCUCUUCCUGCUGCUUCAGACCUCCAGAGAUGAUCUUAGUUAAACAGCCCCUGAGCUUUCCUAGCACAAACCAGGAGAGAACUGACGGAUGGGUUUGUUUUUUACUCUCUCAGAACCUGAUGCUGAAAUUUAACACCAUUUUAGCUGAACCGGGACCUCCACAAGCAUUUCAUCACACUUUUUUUUAAGUUGGAGGUCAAAAAAUGUGUUUUUUUUGUGUUGUGUGAAUGCAGCAUCACAAUGUGUUGAAUGAAGGUGCUGCCAUGUGUGACAUUGCAGACUGGCAUUAGCUAAUUGCUAAAAAAAAAAAAAAUGGAGAAAGAUUAAAAAUAUUGUGAAUAAA